GUGCGCAUGCCCAGCAGCUUGUAGGGAUGUAUUCGACUUCGUAAAAACGUAGGCUACACUGGGAGGAUGGCACAAACCGAGGUGACAACGGUCUCCAUGGGGGACCUGGUGGUGAUGAAGGCUACUGAUGAAGAGAAUGGUGAUGAUGAGGACAGCAACACACAGGUCAUCCUCCAGCUACAGCCAAUCACAGCAGGUAUGGAUGAGUCAGGAGAGACAGACACAGCUGUGGAGGCAUACCCAGAAGAAGCCACAGUUGAUGGGGAGGAGGUAGAGCUGGGUUAUCCCAUCACAUGUGGAGAGUGUAAAGCUGUGCUGCUGGUCAAGAAGUUUGUCUGUCCUGGAAUAAACGUCAAAUGUGUCAAGUAUGAAGACCAACUGAUCAGUCCCAAGCAGUUUGUCCACAUGUCUGGGAAGGCUACACUGAAGGACUGGAAAAGAGCUAUCCGGAUGGGAGGGGUCAUGCUCAGGAAGAUGAUGGACUCGGGGCAGCUAGACUUCUAUGAACACAGCACUCUGUGCACCAACACGUGUCGUAGUACCAAGUUUGACCUACUGAUCAACAACACACGCUUCCCCCCUGAUGGCAGCGGACUCACCACACCCAUCUCCUCACAAGCCCAGGUGGUGAUAGGUAAUGGUGGCCAGGUUGCCAUGACAACAGAGGAGCGGUCAGAGAUUCUGACCGGAACAGUGGAGUGGAGUUCAGGGGCUGUAGCCAUGGAGACAGAGAAGAAGGAAACCAGUGAGAUAUCAGAGGAGACGUUGAACUUCUGGAAAGGCAUAGCUGACGUGGGCCUGAUGGGGGAGGUGGUAGACAACAUCAGGACAGAGCUGUUGGAGAUGCUGAGAGGAGUGCAGCUACGCAGCGAGCAGGCUGCCCUGCAGGACGCGGAUUCCUGUCUGGUAGAGGUGGCAGUGUUGAGUAACCUGGCCCAGGUGUUUGGCCUGCUGGACUCGGUCAAACACAUCCUGAACGUAAGGAGAGAACAGACUGACCCUGGAGAGGAGCAGGUCAUUAGCACACUGACCAACCUGGAGCUGCAGCUGGAGGAACAGAGACGACAGCAGCACUUCAGAGCUCAGCUCUGCCACCCCCAGCCCCACAACAACAUCAGUCACACCCCAGGAGGCAAACCCACCAAGCCCAAGGCCAAACGACCUCGCUUGCAGCGGCCAGCCUCCACCACCCUCCUCUCCUCUUCCCUCUACCAGCCCCAGACAGCCACCCUGCAGCCCCAGCAGUUCACUGUACUUUCCCCCAUUUCAUUCUCUUCCAUGGGCCAGCCCUUCUCCCUGUCCGGCUUGUCUGGCCUGUCAGGCCUCCCCAUGGCCACGCUGGGUCAACAGAACAACACGGUGACCCUCCACACCCUACCCGCUGGCGCCCAGACCUUCACCCAAUACAUCACCACCAUGGUUGGGGCCGACGGCAAGACAGAGACCCUGACCCUCCAACCGUCCCAAGGGCUGACGCUGGUGGGCACCACCCUCCAGGACCCAAGUCAGCUGGGAGGAACCAUGAUGAGUCCCUUGGAGCUGGUCCAACUCACCCAGGGAGAGGUGACCGUCAGUGGGGAGAUGAUGGUUGAGCAGCCCAUGGGCCAAGUUGUGGAGAGUGGGACAAUGGUACUCCACCAGGAGGGGAUGGUACAGGAGGGAUUGGUGGAGGGAGUAGAGGACAAGAGCCAGGCACAAACGACCGUGACCGAGAUCGACCCUGCACCGGGUGACCAGACCAUGGGGGCGGUGAUGGAGCUACAGCUGGCCCAAGAAGGAAAGGCUGAGGUUGGGGAGGAGGGUUUCGCCAUGGUCGUCCAUGGUGGGAUGGAUGUGACCAUGGUCUCGGAGGAGGGGAGGGGAGGGAAUGGUGGUUCAGGGGGAGUCAGAGAAUGCCCAGGGGGAUGUUCUCGAAGCUGGGCAGCAGAGCCAGGUAGAGGGGGUAGAGCUGGAUGCUAACAGGCAGAUCUCAUGCCUAAGGAUAAUGGUGAUCGAGGAGGAGACUCAGGAAGAGGACAAGGCUAAAUGACCCAGCUCUGCUCUGCAGACAGAGACAAUACCCUCUCCUCUCCAUGUUGCCAUGUGAGACAGUAGGGAUGGACUAGCCUGGUUCCAGAUAUGUUUGUGCUGUCUUGCCAACUCUCUGUGACUGAUCAUAAGAGCUGGCAAAACAGCACAUACAGAGGGUGGACUCAUAGAUAGAACAUAAAAGAGCAUGCAGGCAUACUUGUGGUGUGAGUAAGUGUUUGGAGUAUGCUAUUUACACAGAGAGCUGCCAAAGACCUAGCCUUCUUAAGCUGUGGUCCUUAGCAGCUAGGCCAGGGUAUCCAUUAUUUUCAUUGUUGUUUCGGUCAUUUGUAUCAAAAUGACAACACAGCCAGGCACGGUAUCUGAUGUUGUUUGUUUUGUAACAUGUGUGUUACCCUUUUGGUGUGUGUGUGUGUGUGGCUAGAGGUCUACUGUGGGAUGACAGCAACAGUUCUAAAACAAUAAAGUCUGCUCUAUAUUUUUUUCAUUAAA